AUGAAGCUCUCAACACCCCUAUCCACCAUUCUCCCCCUAAUAUCCAGUGUUUCCGCCCAAGGAGCUGCCUAUUCCCAGUGCGGAGGCAUAGGCUGGAACGGCGCCACGACGUGUGUUUCCGGUUAUGUGUGUACCGCCAGUAAUGACUAUUACUCGCAAUGUCUACCUGGAACCGCUACAUUGACGACAAGUAAGACUAGUGCUACAUCCGGUACUCCAAGCGCUACUGGCAAGACGAGAUAUAUUGGGACGAAUAUUGCAGGCUUUGAUUUCGGAUGCACCACGGACGGUACAUGCAUCACCAGUAAAAUCUUACCCGCCCUAAAAAGCUUAAACAACGGACCGGACGGGCUCGGACAAAUGGCGCACUUUGUGAGUUCCACCGGCCACAACAUAUUCCGACUACCCGUCGGCUGGCAAUAUCUUGUCAACAACGUUUUGGGAGGGACUCUCCAUGCGGGUAACCUUGCGAACUAUGAUUUGUUGGUCCAAGGUUGUUUGGCGACGGGUGCUACUUGUAUCAUUGAUAUCCAUAAUUAUGCGCGAUGGAAUGGAGGAAUUAUUGGACAGGGGGGACCAACCAAUGCGCAAUUUGCGAGUUUGUGGAGUCAGUUGGCGGGGAAAUAUAAGGGGAAUACGAAGCUGAUUUUUGGGUUGAUGAAUGAACCGCAUGACCUGACUAGCAUAACAACCUGGGCUGCCUCAGUACAGGCAGCGGUCACCGCUAUUCGUCAAGCGGGAGCAACAUCCACCAUGCUUCUCCUCCCUGGCAGCGACUACGCAUCAGCCGGUGCCUUCAUAUCCGACGGUAGUGCUGCCGCCCUCUCCACAGUCAAGAAUCUCGACGGCACAACCACAAACCUAAUCUUCGACGUGCACAAAUAUCUCGACUCCGACAACUCGGGCACCCACACCGAAUGCGUGACAAACAAUAUCGACGCCGCCUUUGCACCCCUAGCAACUUGGUUACGGACAAAUAGGAGACAGGCCAUAUUAAGCGAGACUGGAGGUGGGAAUACGGCGAGUUGUAAGACAUAUUUGUGUCAGCAAGUUGCUUAUUUGAAUGCGAACUCAGAUGUGUAUUUGGGAUAUAUUGGAUGGUCUGCUGGAAGCUUUGAUUCGACGUAUGAAUUGACGGAGACACCUACUGGCAGUGGAUCGCAAAUGAUAGAUCAAGCACUUGUUGCGGCUUGUCUUACUCGAUCACAUUAG